UGACUGGUUUGCAGCUCGCCGAGGAGGAACAGUUAAACUUUCACUUUCGACACUAUUCAGAAAAACAUGGAGUCCAUCUAAUCUUUUAUGCCAGGACCGUGUGGGCAAACCAAACACAUCUAGAUCUGAUUUCGGGCAGUGAAAUAGGUGUCCUGGUAAGAAGAGGCUCGACGGUUCGUUUCCAGACUCCAGCUGCGUGUUUUGUCGCAGUUUCGCAGUUUCACCAUGCUGGGAGAAGCGGAGACGCAGUGGCAGUCCGAGGAGGUGAAAACGGGGACAACAAUUAUUGCCAUCGAGUAUAAUGGAGGAGUCGUGCUGGGGUCUGACUCCAGAGUAUCUGCAGGGGAAGCAGUGGUGAACCGGGUGAUGAACAAACUGUCUCCCCUUCAUGACAAGAUCUACUGUGCUCUGUCUGGAUCUGCAGCAGAUGCGCAGACCAUCGCUGAGAUAGUCAACUAUCAGCUGGAUGUCCACAGUAUGGAGAUAGGCGAGGACCCGCAGGUUCGUUCAGCUGCGUCUCUGGUGAGAAACAUCUCGUACAAGUACAAGGAGGAGCUGUCAGCACAUCUCAUCGUAGCCGGCUGGGACAGACGAGAUGGAGGACAGGUGUUUGCCACCCUGAAUGGGCUCCUGACCAGGCAACCUUUCGCCAUCGGUGGUUCAGGCAGCUCAUAUGUUUACGGGUUUGUUGAUGCCGAGUAUCGCAGAGGAAUGAGCAAGGAGGAGUGCCAGAAGUUUGUGGUUAACACCCUGUCUUUGGCAAUGAACCGUGACGGCUCCAGUGGGGGCGUGGCCUACAUGGUCACCAUCGAUGAACAUAGCACGGACGAGAAGGUCAUACUUGGAAACGACUUACCCACUUUCUUUGACCAGUGACACAUUCGUUUCCCCCACAGCCACGCUGCCCUGUUUAUUCCUGUCACUGCUGUCAACAGUCUACAUUCAUGAACUGUUAACAUUGAAUAAGUGAAGAAUUACAUCAAUUUUAAUAAAAGAAAACAAAAAUGUUA